AUGGGGCGGCGGCGGCAUGGGGCGGCGGCGGCAUGGGGCGGCGGCGGCAUGGGGCGGCGGCGGCAUGGCGCGGCGGCGGCAUGGCGCGGCGGCGGCAUGGCGCGGCGGCGGCAUGGGGCGGCGGCGGCAAGGGGCGGCGGCGGCAUGGGGCGGCAAGGGGCGGCGGCUGCAAGGGGCGGCGGCGGCAUGGGGCGGCGGCGGCAAGGGGCGGCGGCUGCAAGGGGCGGCGGCGGCAAGGGGCGGCGGCGGCAUGGGGCGGCGGCGGCAAGGGGCGGCGGCUGCAAGGGGCGGCGGCGGCAUGGGGCGGCGGCGGCAAGGGGCGGCGGCUGCAAGGGGCGGCGGCGGCAAGGGGCGGCGGCGGCAUGGGGCGGCGGCGGCAAGGGGCGGCGGCUGCAAGGGGCGGCGGCGGCAUGGGGCGGCGGCGGCAAGGGGCGGCGGCGGCAAGGGGCGGCGGCGGCAUGGGGCGGCGGCGGCAUGGGGCGGCGGCGGCAUGGGGCGGCGGCGGCAUGGGGCGGCGGCGGCAUGGCGCGGCGGCGGCAUGGGGCGGCGGCAUGGGGCGGCGGCGGCAAGGGGCGGCGGCGGCAUGGGGCGGCGGCGGCAAGGGGCGGCGGCUGCAAGGGGCGGCGGCGGCAUGGGGCGGCGGCGGCAAGGGGCGGCGGCGGCAUGGAGCGGCGGCGGCAAGGGGCGGCGGCGGCAUGGGGCGGCGGCGGCAUGGUUGUCACUGUUUAG